GAUGAUGAUCCUAUCUAUGCUAUCCGUGUUUGUUGUGGUGAAUAAUCAGAUGAUGAUGCAUCCUCCAAUGGCUUCCCCUCUCCCCCUUCCCUCAGUCGCCCCCUCCUCUAAUUUCAAGGCUACUUGUGGGUUUGCUCGUCAAUUCAGGAGCUCUGCUAUCAGCACCAUGCGCACUAGUACUAGGCUUUCUGCUGGAGAUUUUAUAAUCAAAGAAGAAGAAGAAGAAGAAGAGAAUGAUGUUCUGCUGCUUACUUUUUUGAAGGAUAGAGAGUUGAAUGGAGAUUUUAUAGCAAAAGUGUCUGAUAAACUUUGGAUGAUGAGGACAAACACAAUCAACAUUCAUAAUACUCAAUUAACAAAUAAUAAUAAUAAUGCUAAUCAACUCCAUGAUGAGCCAUUUGUAGAUGAAAAUACGGGUGGUUUUCUGAAAUUGACGACAACAAAUGAUUGGCUAUUAGGCCAAAAUACUGCACCAAUAAACAAAAAGAUGCGAGCUAAGCAACAACGCGAUGACAGCCAAAGAAGAACCAGACUGAACCUACUUCAGUAUGAAGCGGUGAAGAGAGAACUGUUGUAUCUGACAGUUGGUAUUGGAAGUGCAUGCAGUGUAUAUUGUUUAAUAACUUUCUCCAUCCAGGCUGCUGUCAGUUAUGCAACGGGUGUCCUUUUCAGUUGCCUGUAUCUUCAACUUUUGUACCGGUAUGUGGACAACAUUUCAAGAGGAGAAGUUCCACAAAUUUUCAGGCAAAAGAAGAUAAAAAAAAUUGGAAUAAGAAGUGGUGACUUGGAGGAAACCUUUGAAAGAGUGGUGAAGGGUUGUAGCAUGGCUCUAUCAUCGCCACGCCUUGUGAUUCCGGCUGCCAUUUAUGGAUUGUGGGGUCUCUCUCAACAUUUUGCAAAUGAUUAUUUUCAGCUUACGCCGGCAAUGGUAGGGGUGUUUGCGUAUAAAGCGGCUGCAUUGGUUCAAGUUUACAGAGACAAUGAAGAUCUUCAAUUAAUUCUUCCUGGGAACGAGGAAGACCAAGAUCUUCAAUAAAUAUUAGAAAUUAUUAUUUUUGAAAUAAAAGUGGUAUUUUUUACAUGGAAGAGUGGGAGGUAAGAUGAUAUUGUAUAAGUAGAGAAAUACUUUGAUCUUCAUUGAUUCUCAUAUUUGUGUUUGUACAUAUGGAAUCAGUGUUUUGAAUUAGUGAGCCAUUUUCUUUGAACAUUUCGAAAUAAUCUCAUGAACUUUUUGUACAUUUA